CACCAAGUAGGCGUCCAAAUACUAUAUUCUACCGGGUAGCUAUUCCGGGAACAUUGUGCCAGCGAAAUUCUGACGAAAAGCAAGAGUACUCGACGCGCGCAACCGCGACACCCAACAUGUCUACUGCAAUAAUGCACAGCACGUCGCUCUACGAUUUUGGAGAGUACCCCCGGAAGAAUCAAACUAAUUCUUCCCGAGGCAACACACAGGUGAUUGUGGGCAGUGGCGGUGUUGGUAGCAACGUAACCAGCGCCAACGGAGCCGGAAACGCUUCCAGCAGCAGCAACAGCAGUCACAUGCUGCUGUCGCAAGGCUUCAGCGUGGCCGCAGCGUUGGCUGCUACCAGCGGCAACAACAAUCUGCUGAAUGCGCAGCAAUCGGUUAACGCUAACCAUCAUGCCCAGCAGCAGCAACAGCAGCAGUCCCAGUCGUCGCAGCAGCUGCUGCAUCAGUACCCAUACGGGGGACUGCACAAGCAAACGGGACAGCAUAAGCAGCAGCAGCAACAGCAGCAGCAUCAUGCAAACAAUGGAGGAGCACAUCAUGCGCUGCAUCGCACCGCAUCGCAACCGUCCGCUCGGUUUGUGGUGGAAAACAUUCUGGAGAUACUGAGCUUGAACAAGGUAAUGGAUAAUGCGGCAAUGGCCGGCAUUACCACUGCCAGUGGCUCCAACAGCGCCAGCAACAGCAGCAGCGCCAAUUCGAUCAACAAUAACAACAACACCAACAACAACAACAGUGGCAACAAUCACACGAGCAACACUUCCUCCUCCUCCGGUCACCGGAAGUUGGAACGAACGCAGUCCGAACCGCUACCACAGCAAGUAAAUACCUCGAGAUACAAAACCGAGCUCUGCCGACCAUACGAGGAGGCAGGAGAGUGCAAGUACGGUGAUAAGUGCCAGUUUGCGCACGGCAUGCAGGAGCUGCGCAAUCUGCAACGCCAUCCGAAGUACAAGACCGAGCUAUGCCGCACAUUCCACAGCGUGGGCUUCUGCCCGUACGGGCCACGGUGCCACUUCGUGCACAAUGCUGAGGAAGCACGCAACCACAACCGCAAUGUGGCUGCGUACCAUGCUCGUCUUGCUGCUGCCGCAGCCGGUAACGCGUCCCAGUCAUCCCAGAGUGCGGCGAAGAACAACGGACCCAGUGCCUUGAACAGUAAUAGUCAGCAGCAGCAUCAUGCCCACCAUGGUCAGCAGCAGCAACAUGUUGCUAGUGGGCUGAACUCCGUCUCGGUGGCGCAGUUACAGACGGCUGCAGCUCUGCUGCAGCAAACCUCGAUUGCUGCUGCACAUCAUCAACAGCAGCAUCAUCUUCAUCAACGUCAGCAGCACCAUCACCAUCAGGUGCCGCUCAGCCCGGCCUUGUCGAUGUCGACUGGUUCCGAUCGAGCUUCACCGAUCGGUUCGCUGUCGCUCAGCCCGACGACUUCGAUGGCCAACUUCUUCCCGGAUGCUAGCAGCCCCACAUUCCAGCAGACCGCUCUCCACCAGGCGUUCAACUUCCAGAACAGCCCUCCGGCCAGCCCGGUUGAUGGGUUGUCUCCGAUGGCCACUCCGCCACCAUCAUCGCCGUCAUUGUGCGCCAUGAAGCUGGGUGGCUCGAUGGUGCUCGGUGGUGUGCAUGGUGGAGGUAACACCAACGCAGGUACGGGCUUGGAAGAGCGACUCCCGGUGUUCAAUCUGCUCAGCUGUAUGGAUCCCUUCGUCAAUCCCGCUCUGUAA